UUAGUACAGUCUACAAUAAAACAAAAAGAGGAAGAUGUUUAAUUUAUUUAAAUAACCUGCUCCUUUCUGCUAUACCAAAUAACCAGUAUGAUUUUUCCCAUUGAUAAACUUAGCCAUAGUAUAGUCACACAAAACUGCUUUGCUUUUACUAGAACAUUUUAAUUUAGCAAAAAAUACUCCUAAUUUAAUUAUUUUGGGGAAAUGUAAAGGUAGAAAACAUUUAAAAAUGUUUCUGUUUUGUAAUUCACUGAAGGUUUCCCCAUAAAAGAAAUAUACAUAUCAUAUCUAUUUCUAUAUGACAGCAAGCAUGUUUUUGGAAGGGUGUUGCAUAGCUGAAAUUGAUUUGAAAGGGUGAAACAUUCCACAUAUUUUUUUUUGUCUAUUUCUUUGUGACAUCCUGAGCAGAUGCACAAAGAAUUAAAGGAAAAAUACACUGACUUCCAGCUAUAACCCCUGUAUUCUAUACUCAGAUCUUCAUUUAGGAAGUAGUGGGAGAAGGAAAGUCUCAAAGCUAUUUUAAGUAAAAAUACAAAAACCCUUCAGAAAAGGGAAAACCCCCAAUAUGCAUGUUCAGGGUUAUUGGUAAGAAUUGAAGAACAUAAAAUAGAAACAAAGUAUUCCACAAGUAUGACUCAUUCAAUAAAAGCCCUUAAUAUACUAUGCUAGGCAUGAGGAGAGGUAAGAAAGGUGCAGCUAUGGAGUUGAAGUAAAAAUAAAACAAAACAUUAUUUUGAAAAGGUGAAUUUGUCUUUUUACAGUCUUAUUACUGUUAUAGCCUAAAUGAUAAAAAGCACUAAACAAAACAAAAGCCUGAUAUAAGAAUUGUUAACAUUAUUUAUUAUGACACAUUAGCUUCUUGACGUACAUUAUUUGUUUUUGAGAAAUUAAUAUAUUAUUAUAUUGUAUUUUGCUGCUUGUUUACAUCUUACUAGAUUUAUUAAAACAUACUAUAAAAAUUACUCUCAGACUUUUGUCAUAAAGAAUAUGCAUGAAACAAGAAUUAACAAAAAUCUAAUUUACAAUAUUAAAAAUUACAUUUAACUUAUAUUCCUUGCAUUCCAUAUACAACUAAAAUGUUCAUGGGCAUUCAACAAAUAUUUGCUCAUUCAUUCAUUUAUAGAAUAAAUAUUUAUUGAAUGAUUAAUAUAUACAGGACAAAUGGUGUAUAUAGAGCUGUAUAAUAUUCAGCGUGGUCCUCAGAAAACUUAUAUUUUAUCUAACCAUCUAGCUACCUAAUUACUUUACUUUCAACUUAUCAAUACUUACUUAUUAGCAACAUCCAGAAUUAUAGCUGCAACAAGUUUAUGUGUUUGUAUUUAUUUUUUAAUUGAGGGACAGAAGUCAGUACAUGCUAAAAAACACUGAAAUCUCACAUCCCAGUUUCAUUUUAAACUGUGAAUUAAUGCUAUAGCUGUGUUCAUAAUUAACACUUUUUAUUGGUCUGAUGGUUAUUUCAUAUUAUUUAUAGAUUCAAAGUGGAAACAAAUCAGGUGAACUUAAUAGCUUAUGUAUUGUAAAAUGCUUGGUGAAAUGAACAGCAUAUUAUUUUUAUAUUUUUCCAGUUGUAUAAAAAUUGAAUAAUCUAAGACUUCAAAUAUGUUUACUGCAUGAGAUGAGGCUAAAAAGACUGAAAUGUGAUGGAAAUGUGUGGACACUGACAUUUUUGGGAACAUGAACUGCAUUCCUUCUAAGUAACCACAAGAUGGUGUACUACAUUAUAAUAAAUCAUUUAGUUUUUUGAAUUUUUGAAUUUAAAGAUUAAUUUAGUGAAAUGUCUGUUAUUUUUAUUGUAUUUAAAAAUUUUAAAAGUCAAACAUUUUUAUCAUGCUUGUAAUACAAACUAUGGCAUCUAUUAAGUAGUCUUUUGUUCCCUAAAACUAUCUUCCAUAAAAUAAGCAAGUGUUUCCAUUUGGCAUGAUUAUUAUAGUAAAUUGAUUUUUAAAGGUCAAUGUUUGAGGGAAUAUGAGAAAUAGAAGUUCAUUUCAACAAUCUUUCAUAUAUUUGAUUUAUUUUUGUCUUUUGUUUAAUUUGUCAAAUUUGCUUCUCAUUUUGUUUGAUUGCAUAUGUGUUUCUAGGCAGAAAGAGCUAAUAAUUACCCAGUAAAACUUAAGGUAAAAUAUUCUCUCUCUAAUAUGAGGAUUUUUAAAUGAUUUCUUAUAUUUUACUUUUAAAAAUUAUUGUUUCUCUUAAAUAUCUCAUUUAUUUAUAGUGACAGUCAGGCUCUGCUGCUAAUAUA